UCAGCGGAAGUGACAAUUACAACAUUGAAUGCAAAAGAUCCACAUGGGUUCUCCCUCCGGUCAAGCACGCUGGUGAAGGUUAACCGAGGCUCUCAGGGCUCAAUAUAUAACGGAACCCACAAGUUAUCUGGUGGGUUUUAAGCGAGGGUGAACCGAAAGCUUGUUUGCAGAAAUGGAUCCUAUGAAAGCGCAGCAGCUCGCCGCGGAACUGGAGGUGGAAAUGAUGGCUGAUAUGUAUAACCGCAUGACCAAUGCCUGUCACAGGAAAUGCGUUCCCCCUCAUUAUAAGGAAGCAGAACUUUCAAAGGGGGAGGCUGUGUGUCUGGACCGCUGUGUCGCCAAGUAUUUGGACUUACACGAGAGACUUGGUCGGAAGCUCACCGAGCUUUCCGUGCAGGAUGAGGAGGUGAUGAGGAAGGCUGCAGCUGGGACUGGAUAAGCCAGAUACAGACUUCAACCCUGGGCCUGAAAAUCUUGUAUAGUUUGGUUUUUGUGGGAGGAGCGGGGACUACGGACAUCCAAAAAGGGGAAAUUGGGCUGCAUGGCCCCAAAUGUUAACAUUAUAUGAACAUUACAACAACUAUUCACUACAUGACAAAGUACAGACUUUUGUUUGGAGGUGGGGUAUAUUUUACUCCAAGAAUUGGUGGAAUCUGGCAGUGUUUGUAGUUUGUUGUAUGGAAGAUUUUUAACAUCACAGGAAUAAAACUUUAUCUGGGUGGAAAGAUUUAUGGAGUAUUGUGAGAUUGUGUGUUCUUGUGAAAUUGUGUUUCUUUUACAUUUUGUGGAUGUUUUUUUUAUGUUGAUGAGAUCAUUGUAUUUUAUGACACAAUGUGAGUAAUUUUG